GUAACUUGUAAAUUAACUUUAUUAUAUUUGGUUACCUUUAAUAUUAAUUGUAUGGAAAAAUAAAUAUAUACUAAUUUAUUUGAAUUUUGUAUUCAGGUUACAGAUUUUUCUCUUGCCAAGUUUUUGCCGAAUACUAAUAGCGUCAGCCACAUCACCAGUAUAUUGAAAGGAACUAACGUUUAUGCAGAUCCAGAAUAUGGUAAUAUUCAAAAAGUUUAUAAGAAAUCAGAUGUUUAUUCAUUUGGUGUGGUACUUCUACAACUAAUUAGUGGAAGGAAACCUCUAGAUGACAAAGACCUUGAUAUCGUCACUUGGGCGAGGACUCAAAUCGAAGAAGCUUUGGAUAAUGGAGAAUAUACAGCUCUGAUUGACUCCAUACGGCAGAGUUAUGACGAACAGAAAAUCAAACAGAUAAUUGUGGCUCUUAUUGAUUUCAAACUAGAGAAAAGCUAUGACGAAGAGCAAAUAAAACGGAUGAUAUUUUGUGCUAUAGCUUGCACAAAUAGACAUUCAAAGUAUCGCCCACAAAUGCGGAAGAUAAUUGGAGUUCUUGAAGGGACAAUAACACCUCCAGAAAAGAUACUGGAUUGGGAGGACAACAAAUCCCUGCAUGUUGGUUGCAGCUGCCCUAGUUCCCGAGUGCUUUUGCCCGCUGGAUGCAGUUCUUUGGCGACGGUGACAGCCACGGUCACCGAUGAAGAUUCCCAUCAAGCUCCCUCCAAAUCGGUGGCUCGCCGCCUUAUUCUCCUUCGUCAUGCUAAGAGUUCCUGGGAUAACCCUUCAUUGCGAGAUCAUGAUCGACCUCUGAGCAAAGAUGGACAGGAUGAUGCUGCUGCAGUCGCUCAAAAGCUCCAGCUGAGUGGUUGGAUUCCUCAGCUCAUUCUAUCUAGCGAUGCGACACGGAGUAGGGAAACGCUAAAAAUAAUACAGGAGCAAGUGCCAGACCUCUUGGAUGCUGAUGUCCAUUUCAUUUCAAGCUUCUAUUCAAUUGCAUCCAUGGAUGGACAGACUGCUGAGCAUCUUCAGCAAGCUAUUCAGCAAGCUGUCUGCAGAUAUUCCUGCGACGAGAUCCAUACUGUUAUGUGCGUUGGACAUAAUAGGGCGUGGGAGGAGGCAGCCUCAAUGUUUACCGGUGCCUCAGUGGAAUUGCAGACAUGCAAUGCUGCUUUGCUCGAAGCUACUGGGAAGUCCUGGGAACAGGCGUUUUUGUUAGCAGGACUUGGUAGGUGGAAACUUCAGGGUGUUGUAAAACUAGAUAAUAAACUUUAGCAUUUACCAGAAAUUUUGAGUACCUUCCACAACAUUAACACAUCUGUCCACUCCUCCUUUCCAAAAAUAAGAAAAGAGAUGCCAUCUUUACACU